GAAACGAUUCGAUCCUCCUUUGCUCAUAAAGCGCACCGUUUGGCACUGAUCGAAAGCGACACAUCAUUAUAAAACGGCGGUACAUACCCUCCAAAAGCAUCCACGGAGAUCGGUACCUCAGGACUACAAUUUUUUUUCUAGUACUUACCCACCCUUUUCCAACCCGUGAGGAAGCAGAGCUGCUGCACACUCAAGCAUCGAUCACCUUCGCAAACGGCAGCAACAUGUCCAACACAAGCAACUCCAGUCGCCAACCGGUUGACUAUUCCAAUGCGCAGAUUGAGUACGGGGCAGCGGUCAGCAAUGUGAGCAGCGUCGCCAAAGGUGAGGAAGACCAGGCGCAGCAACUGCCUACCACGGCCGUCGCUGCCCACGACAGCGACAAUCAGCGCAGACUGGCAAAGCUGUGGAAGCGCCGCGAGCAGUAUCGAGUUGCGUCCUUGGUGCUGGUGGUCGUUGCCUUGGUCACUGCGCUCGCCUCCAUCGCGAUCGUAGUCGUGGUUUUCAACGACUGCAAUCACUUUCAUUACCCCGGAUCGGACAGCCAGGCGUUGUACGUGCUGGUUUCGUUUCUCCUCUACAUCGUCGUUUUGGUUGAGAGUGUCUUGAGCGUCAUUGCUACGAUUGUGCUUCUCGUUUGCCUCUGCCGACGUCCCGAGAGCGUUCUGCUGCGUGCGCCUUUCGACCACGGCAAGUUUGUGUGCCUGUGCAUCUUUCUCGUUUUGUGGCUGCUCUUCGCGGGUUACUCGUUUGCGGUGCCCAUCAUCCUGGAGGCGCUGGAGCAGUACCCGAAGGAGCCGGUGGCGCUGUGCGUUGUGCCUGGCGUCCGUGUCGUUGCGCUUCUGGCUCUGGUGUGCGUCGUGGGCGCCAACCGGACGUUACGCCGAUGCGUGUGUCCGCUGCUGAGGUGUGCACUUGUACGUCCAUGUAAUGAGUGUUUGAUGGCUGCUUUUUCUGUUUUUACUCGCUUCGUGACUGCACCUGACCAUCUGACACCUUUCUACCUUUGCAGUGAUAACAAGCGGUGGAAAGAGGCUGUGCGGCAGAGCACUUUGUACUGCUGUUUCUUGGCGCUCUGA